AUAUUAAUGAUAGAGAUAUGGAUAUUGAUCCUAUUGAAUAAAAACCAUCUAUACCUCAUGUUUAAGACGAAAAAUAGGCAUUUUUUAAUUUUAUUAAAUCAAUAAUUGGAAUUGGAGCAAUUACAUUUCCAUUUGCAGCUAAUAAAGUAGGAUGGUUAGGUUCUAUUAUAAUAACAAUUCCAGUACUCUUUUGCACCAUAAAGUAUUUUUAUUUACAUUUAUGAUCUAAUACAUUCUUAAUUGAAGUGGCAGAUUAUUACUCAAACAGAAAAUUACUUUUUGGAGAUGUAGUUCAAUUAACUUUGAAAUGG